UUUUGUGGGACAGACCUAGAAGAGCUGUGAAAGAGUAGAAGGUCAGAAGGGGAAGCAGCAGGGGCAAAAGAGCUUGCACAUUUUACCUGUGAUGAAGAGAGAAGUUGAAACAUGACUGCUCCUACCUACCAAAACCUCUCUCUGUUGUCUGUCCCCUUAACUGCUCAUCUGCUCUCAACCGUCUGCUACAACCAUCUGUACUAUCAUGUGGUUAGAGACACACUGGAAGAACAUCCGUCAAACCUUGUUGCUUCUUUUCACUGCUGCUCUUCUCAUUGGGGUCACCAUGCUGGCCAUUUCAUCUAACAUCAAUCCAGUCGGCUAUUUCUUCCUAGGGGUAGGGGGAUUGUGCCUGAUCGGCUAUUUGCUGAGUGUGUUUGUUGAGUGUUACCUGAGGAAUCAGCACCAACAUGAUACAAAUGAGAUACCUCCAAACAGGCAAAGCCAAGCAGGGGUGAACACCGCCUAUGAAGCACCCACCUACGAGGAGGUGAUGACCAUGUCAGUUCCAGCAAUAUGGACGAUUGCAUCCAAUCCAGGCUUAGUGCCCUCACCACUGAAUGAGCCUCCUCCUUAUAACGUAGUUAUUGAAUCAUCUGCCCAAGAAGAGAUUAUGGUGGAGGCUCUUAGGGUGUCAGUGGCAUCAGACAGAAGGCGCACCUCUGAGACAGACACAGGCUCCAGAAUGCAGUUGCAGCUGGUGCUGCCCCCAAGACUGCAGCGGUUUGUUUCUGACAUCCAUGAAGUGAAAGGUAUUGAAAACAGUUUUGAGCCACUAGAGCCACUCACUCCACCACCUGCUUAUGAGAGUGCCAUCAGCGAUGAGGUCUUUGAAGAUGCCUUCCAGCCCUCCAUAUUAUGAUGAAUUUCACUUUCCACGAAUGCAGAACCAAACACCCUCCACAAUAAAGGGUGCUCCUAGAGGGAAGAUGAAAGAGCUGAGAUUUUUCACGCCUGAAACUGUGAAAGUUUGUCUCAUCAUUCUUUGAACCAGAGUUGAACUACAGACACAGCUUCUGAUGCCACUGGAAUCUUUUUGCAUAAAAUAUAAAUCAAUGAAAUACCACAAUACUUUGUCUUGGCAGAUACAUAAAACUACUGUGAGGGAAGUUGUGUUAUAUAUGGCAAUAAUUCUCAAACUGGAAAUAUACCUUUAUGGGGCAGGAGAGUGAAUCCUGAGAAGAGACAAGGUUGCCAAAGCAACUUCAGCUGUGCUGCACUGGAGCAUGAAUGAGGGGAGGGCGGCUGUCUUCAUCUGGAAGCUGACACCAUCCCUUGGGGUUGAAAAGCUGAUGGCAAGCAUGGCACCAUGAAAUGACUUCUUUUUUUCACAAUGUUCUCAUCCCACACAGGCUGCAGUGGUGGACAAGAGGGAGGUAAUAGCAGUUUUUCUCCUGUAAGAGAGGCCAGCAGUGGGCUACAUACAUAUAUAACUGUCCUCUCCCCGGACCACCAGUCUUUGCAGCUCUACGGGAAGGUGUAUUUCUCUGCUGUACUACAGUCCCAGACAGAUUGCGUGAGAUACUUUAUUGUCAUCAUGACAAGUAUUUGCACGGAAAGGUCAAUGCUCCUCCAGUCCUCCGUAAUGAUGCUGUGCAUGGAGGCUUCUCCCUGGCCUCUGGAAUGGGACAGUCUGUCUGCCGAGGCCACAGCUGCAGUGGAGAGCACCUGAGAGUAACUGUCCCGAGGCACAUGCGGUCUUCAUCAUGACAACUCUUGGUUGGAGCCAGGUUCUAUUUCUCAUUGAUCAGUGACACUGUGCAGUCUUUUAAAAUGGGCAAGCUGAACUGAUAGGUUCUGCAGCGUUAAAGUGGUCCGCACUAUGCAAAGAGACAUUCGUGCCUGGUGAAUGUCCAGAUAAAAAAAAAUAUGGUGGUCCAAAUUUCCUUAUGAAGGAGAGUAGCAAUUGACACAACCUUGUCACAUACGACUGCAUUGAUCUUUAAUUCAUAUAAGGAACCACCAAACCAUAGGCUAGAAGCAAAUAAAUUAUUUAUUGUUUCAUUCUUUAUAGUUCGAAGGAAAA